GAGCAGAGAGGCAGAGCAGGAAGGAGCGGCGCGGGAGAGCGGCGGAGCGAGGGGCAGCACCUCGGCGAGCGGCGGCGGGAGGGCCGCCCCCGCCGCCCGGGGCUGCGCGCUGGGCAGAGGCGGCGGGGAUGGGCGGGCGCGGGGCGGCUCCGCCAGCCGCCGUCCUCCGAGCCUCGGCCGCCUCCCGCCGCGCUAUAUAGGGGAGGGAGGGGUGGCGGAGGGGGGGUGCCCGGCGUGGCCAAAGCGCACGGGGCGGCGAUGCCUCCUGCCAGGGGAGCGCACAAGUGACCGGCGCCUCUUCCCAUGCCCGUCUCCUGAAGCCACCCCCCCGCCCGGCAUGGAUGUGGCUAACAACACUACCUCCCCAGAGCGCUCCCCCGAGGGGGCAGGCGGCCCCGGCCUCGCCGAGGUGACCCUGGGCUACCAGCUGCUCACCUCCCUGCUCCUAGGCACGCUCAUCCUGUGCGCCGUGAGCGGCAACGCCUGCGUGAUCGCGGCGAUCGCCCUGGAGCGCUCCCUGCAAACCGUGGCCAACUAUCUCAUCGGCUCGCUGGCCGUCACCGACCUCAUGGUGUCCGUGCUGGUGCUGCCCAUGGCGGCCCUCUACCAGGUGCUGAACAAGUGGACGCUGGGGCAAGUCACCUGCGACAUCUUCAUCUCGCUGGACGUGCUGUGCUGCACCUCUUCCAUCCUGCACCUGUGCGCCAUCGCCUUGGACAGGUACUGGGCCAUCACGGACCCCAUCGACUAUGUCAACAAGAGGACUCCCCGGCGGGCCGCCGUGCUCAUCAGCCUGACCUGGCUCAUCGGCUUCUUGAUAUCCAUCCCGCCCAUGCUGGGCUGGAGGACGCCCGAGGACCGCUCGGACCCCGACGCCUGCACCAUCAGCAAGGACCACGGGUACACCAUCUACUCCACCUUCGGCGCCUUCUACAUCCCGCUCCUCCUCAUGCUGGUGCUGUACGGCCGCAUCUUCAAGGCGGCCCGCUUCAGGAUCCGCAAGACCGUCAAGAAAGCGGAGAAGAAGAAAAUCGCCGACACCUGCCUCACACUCUCCCCGGCCGCCCUGCAGAAGAAAAGCAACGGGGAGCCCGGCAAGGGCUGGCGGCGGACUGUGGAGCCCAAGCCCGGUGCCUGUGUCAACGGCACGGUGCGGCAGGGCGAGGACGGGGCCGCCCUGGAGAUCAUCGAGGUCCAGCGCUGCAACAGCUCCUCCAAGACUCACCUGCCGCUGCCCAGCGAGGCGUGCGGCUCUCCGCCGCCCCCCUCCUUCGAGAGGCGCAACGAGAAGAACACGGAGGCCAAGCGGAGGAUGGCUCUGUCCCGGGAGAGGAAGACUGUCAAGACCCUGGGCAUCAUUAUGGGCACCUUCAUCCUCUGCUGGCUGCCGUUCUUCAUCGUGGCGCUGGUCCUGCCCUUUUGUGACAGUAAGUGCUACAUGCCCGAGUGGCUGGGGGCAGUCAUCAACUGGCUGGGCUACUCCAACUCCCUCCUCAACCCCAUCAUCUAUGCCUAUUUCAACAAAGACUUCCAAAGUGCUUUUAAGAAAAUUAUCAAGUGCAAAUUUUGCAGGCAGUGAAGCCCGCCGCUCCGGGACGGGGCAGCGGGGGUCCUGCCACUCGCUCUCUCCGCCUGGCCCCCGCCGCAGUGUGUCCCGUCCCCCCCGCCCAGCCCCUCUACAGCGCCGGCAGAAGGGCGGGGGGCUCCGGGAUCCCCCUCCGCAGUGCUCCCGGUUCCCUCGCUCCUCCUCCCGUCGGACCAGCCCCUCGGGGCAGGGCAGGGCAGGGCAGACCCCCACCGGGGACGGCGGGGGGACGUCCGGCCCGGGGGUGCUCCGCGGCCGCGCUCGCCUCGCCUGGCCUCGCCGGGGCUCCGCUGCCGGCCGCCGGCGCUCCCGCCUCUCUCCCUCCCUCCCUCCCUCCCCUCCAUCGUUCUGGGUAGACUUAGGGUUUGCAGGUCGUUGCUUGUGGUCGCUGUAAACCACAGUGUCUGCCCGAGUAGCAUCGGUAAAAAUAAACCACCCUAUGCAGAAAACCUCCGUGUCGGGGUUUUUUCUUGGAUUUACGAGGAGACGGCGGGCCGCUCAGAGUCCGACCUCGGUCCGGCAGUGUGGGUAUGGAGGCUGAAGGCGACUCCCCGAUCGGAGGAAGAGGCUUUGGGCUCGUCGCUUCCCGGGCUGUUAAACCACCAAAUGGAUUUUCUCGGGGGAAAAGCGACCGUGUUUUGUAACCUUGCAAUGUACUUACAGAAACAUCCUCGUCUGCGUUACGUGUGUCUAGCAGCUCUCCUGCUAUGCUAGGACCUUCCAGUUCAUCGGCCUUGCCUUCGUUACAGCGCAGGGAGGUGAUGGGUCUUAACCCCCUACCGCACCCCUCAUUAUAUGGAUAUAUAUAUUUUUUUUUUUUAAAUGCCUUUGACCGAGGGUUUCCCACCAAAGAAAGGCUUGGCGCUGUGCCACUGUCCCUUGAGUUCACCGCGCACGCAGCGGCACAGGGAGUUUAAGCACCCUGCGAAGUAGCGUUUCUUUCUUUUUUUUUUUUUUUUUUUUUUUUUGAGCGGCUCGAAAGUUUCUCCGGAGACAUUGCGGUUGCUUCUGAGGCAGCCAGCUGCGGCACAUUUUGCUGGGGCAAGAAAACCCAAACAACCCACAAACAAACAAGAACAAAACGAACCAAACCGAUCAACCAAAACAUUGCCAUGUGCUCCGUGGCAGAAGGGGAGGGGCCGAGAGCAUCCGCCGGCGGCAGCCGCAGGUGGCGAAAGCGGCAUCUCGGCGCAGGCUGGGGAAGCGGCAGGCUCUCUCCUUCCCCGGGCCAGCCCCGGCGGGGGUAAGCACGACCCUCCCCGCAAGCUGUGAGCUACGGCCAGAGGCAGGCAGUGUUACUGCGAUGCCAAGGGCAGGGAAAGCCAAGCCUGGCCUGGCUGGUCCCCGCGGUGGCCCCACAAGCUUCCCCCCCCGCAGAGUGUCCCCCC